ACAUUGAUGUAGCAGAAGCAUCAGUGUACUCAGGAUUGUGUACUCAGAUCUUCAGAGAGGAGUUUGGUUUGUAUCAGGGGAAGGUUUACUGUUUUGUUCAUCUGAGCAUCCAGGAACAUCUAGCAGCUCUUUAUGCUCACAUCUCCUUCACAAACUCCAACAGAUAUGUAUUUGGUGAAAAUCAGUUUUCUGAUAAUUUUUUGGGCAAAAUUAGACAUACAUCAUUAAAAGAUUAUUUAUUAAUCAAUUUGCAUCAUCGGGCUGUAGAUGAAUCUUUACAGAGUAAGAAUGGACAUCUGGAUCUUUUCCUGCGUUUUCUUCUGGGUCUUUCUCUAGAGUCCAAUCAGAUUCUCUUACAGGAUCUACUGACACAGAUGAGAAGAUGCUCCUACAAGAAAGAGAAAACUGUUGAGUACAUUAAACAGAAGAUGAAUGAGAAUCUGUCUACAGAGAAAUCCAUCAAUCUGAUUCACUGUCUGAAUGAACUCGGUGAUGAUUCACUGCUGCAGGAGAUUCAAGAUUAUGUGAAAUCUGCAUCAGUGGGAAAGACCAAACUCUCCUCUUCACAAUGGGCAGCUUUAGUUUUUGUGUUGUUGACAUCUAAGCAGCAUUUGGAUGAACUUAAUUUAAAAUCAUUUAUUGGAGGUGUAAAUACAACAGAAGUUGUUCUUGUGAAACUGCAACCUGUGAUUAAAGAAACCAGAAAACUUCAGUUGUGUAAGUGUGAUAUCACAGAUGAAGGUUGUGUUGCUCUGACUUCAGCUCUGAGAUCAAACCCAUCACACCUGACACAUCUGAAUCUGUCUGAGAAUAAACUAAGAGAUUCAGGGGUGAAGCUGAUCUCUGAUGUACUGAAGAAUCCUGAAUGUAAACUGAAGAAACUGGAGUUGAGGAGUUGUAGUAUCACAUAUGAAGGUUGUGUUGCUCUGACUUCAGCUCUGAGAUCAAACCCAUCACACCUGACACAUCUGAAUCUGUCUUAUAAUGAACUAAGAGAUUCAGGAGCGAAGCUGAUCUCUGAUGUACUGAAGAAUCCUGUCUGUAAACUGAAGACACUGGAGUUGAGGAGUUGUAAUAUCACACAUGAAGGUUGUGUUGCUCUGACUUCAGCUCUGAGAUCAAACCCAUCACACCUGACACAUCUGAAUCUGUCUGAUAAUUAUAUACUAAGAGAUUCAGGAGUGAAGCUGAUCUCUGAUGUACUGAAGAAUCCUGACUGUAAACUGGAGAUACUGCAGUAAGAUCAUCUCUCUGAUAGUCACACAUGUACUGAGGCUUAGUUAAAC